UACCGAAGUGGUUCGGUUUACUGAAGUCCAGUUCCCUAAUCAUUUUACAGCACUGUAUCACAGAAGUCUUCUUUUCCAUCUUCCUCGGAAUAUUCAUAACCUACUUCACAAUAUCAUCCAUGUAUGUUAAACGAGCAGGCUCUAGAGGAACACUCACACGGGACGAGCCUGCAGAGAUGAGAGUCCUCCUCCUGACCUGCAGCCUGCUGCUCAGCGCGAUGGGGGGGGCUGCACACGCACCCCACCUUCGACUCGACCGAAAUGCGCUACACAGAGCCCGUUUUGGACGAGGACGGAGGGGCAGUCGGCUUGGGCGAAUUUUCGAUUUCUGACCGGGACAGAGCGUCUCAGAGCGGGACGGGCCCAGGGGUCCCCGCCCUGCUGAGAGAGGAGCUGCACAGAGACGGUUCCAGAUCAGCUGGAUUCAUCCCUGUCGGGUCUGUAAAAGAGGGGCUCCUGGAGAAUUCGGGCUCGCUGCACCCCUUCCAGCGCUUUCUGGGGUCCAGGAAACAGUACGAGAAGAGGGGGAACCCCACCGAGUGCUUCUGGAAGUACUGCGUCUGAGAGAGGAACCCCCAAAUCCACCAUGGAGGAGACAAGGACUGAGAAUCGCACUCUUACGCACACACACACACACACACACACUAAUACACACACACAAACACACACUAAUACACACAUACAUGCACACAUACAUAUGCACACAUACACGUCUAACUGUCAUUAGCAGAUCAGACAGUGCACAUUGCCUACACUGCUGCACUCAACAAUCUUGAACAGUUGCCGUGGUCAUAACAGUUGAAUCGAUCUAUAUAAUCAACCUUAUAAUCUGUUGGGCUGAAACAGGAGGUAUGGACCAAACUCCACUCAAACAUUUCCUUAAAUAAGCAGCUGAAGAUGUGUGCACCUACUCCUCCCAUAGCUCUACUGUUGCCUUGGAUUUAGAUCUAGACCACUGGAGCACCAUAGCAGGCUUUCAGUGCUCAGACAACACUACACGAAAACUGAA